AUGCUUACUCUUUAUCAUCUUCCUUACGCUGAAGGAUACGGCGCCAACGCGCGCAAGAUUGCAAUUCUCCUCAAUGAGCUGGGUGUUGACUGGAAGGGCGAAGCUGUUCCAAGAAACGAUGUCCGUACUUCCCCUGAGUACGUUCUUCUUCAUCCCGACCGUAAGGUUCCUGUGCUCAAAGACGGCGAGACCACUGUGAUUGAGUCUGCCGCCAUAUUGCAGUAUUUGGCGGAGGUUCAUGGAUCAGGCAAAUUCAUCGAGUCAAAAUACGACGCCAUCGCGUGGGUUUCCCUGCAGAAUGGUUUGUCAUCGGCAAUUUCGUCACUGGCCCAUGCUGAUGACGAGUCACAGACGGCGAAGGCGAUCAGUAACGCUAAGCACUACUUGGGACUUUUGGAAGACAAGCUAGCAUCCUCCAAGAGUGGAUACAUUCUCGAUUCGGGAUACUCAAUUGCAGACAUUGCAUGGAUUGCAUUUGUUGACGAAAGACGCAAGGAGAAACUUCGUCUUGAAAGCUGGGAGCAAUUCCCAAACGUUGCCAAAUGGCAGAAGAAGGUCCUUGCCCGUCCUGCUGUUGCUAAGGCAUACGAGAACUAG